GAGGACACAAAACAACUCGCAAACAUGGAAGGACGCUUCUCGAGAAGAUUAAUGCUGGGGAUCCCGUAAACAGCCUCCUCAAAGAUGUUAGGUGUUACGCCGAGCUUUAGCCCUGCUAGCUAGAAAUCGUCAAACUGGAUUGUGUUGAAGAACGAAAGGACAGUUUGUCCCUAAUACACUGACAGCUGGGGUCUGCAGAGGGGAGAGAAAAAUGAAGUUCGCUCAGUUUUUGCUGAAAAACGGCUCCGUAGCGGGGAUCCCGAAACAAGUGGAGAGGUUUUCUAAGUUUUCACCUUCUCCCUUAUCGAUGAAGCAGUUCCUUGACUUUGGCUCGGCCAAUGCAUGUGAGAAGACCUCCUUUGUGUUCCUGCGACAGGAGCUGCCUGUCAGACUGGCCAACAUCAUGAAGGAAAUUGAUUUCCUCCCAGACAAACUCCUCAGCACUCCAUCCCUGAAGCUGCUCACCAGUUGGUAUUCUCAGAGUUUGCUGGAGCUGAUAGAUUUUUUAGAAAAAGAUCCAGACGAUAAGGAAGUCCUGACAAGCUUUACACAGACUCUGGUAAACGUCCGGAACCGGCACAACAACGUGGUGCCCACCAUGGCUCAGGGCGUGGUGGAGUACAAGGACGCUUUUGGCGUGGACCCCGUCACCAACCAGAACGUUCAGUACUUCCUGGACCGCUUCUACAUGAGCCGCAUCUCCACACGCAUGCUCAUGAACCAGCACACAUUAAUCUUUGACGGCAGCGUGAACCCAGCCCAUCCCAAACACAUUGGCAGCAUUGACCCCACCUGUGACGCUGUGGAGGUAGUAAAAGAUGCCUAUGAAACUUCCAAAAUGCUGUGUGAGCAGUAUUACCUGACCUCUCCUGAUAUGGAGAUCACCGAAGUCAACUCCAAAACCCCUGGCCAGCCCCUGCACAUCGUAUACGUGCCGUCUCAUCUCUACCACAUGCUGUUUGAGCUGUUCAAGAACGCUAUGAGAGCUACAGUAGAGACCCACGAGACGAGCCCCACGCUGCCCCCGAUCAAAGUUCGCGUUGCGCUCGGCGCUGAGGACCUCACUAUCAAGAUGUCGGACAGAGGAGGUGGAGUCCCUCUGAGGAAGAUUGAACGUCUCUUUAGCUACAUGUACUCCACAGCUCCCAGUCCUGUCCACGUAGACAACUCUCGUAACGCACCUUUGGCUGGUUUUGGAUACGGCCUUCCCAUCUCCCGUCUGUAUGCCAGGUAUUUCCAGGGAGACCUGCAGCUCUACUCUAUGGAGGGCUACGGCACGUCAGCUGUCAUUUACUUGAAGGCCCUGUCCUCAGAGUCGGUGGAGAGACUGCCUGUUUUCAACAAGUCCGCCUUAAGGCACUACCAGGCCAGCAUCGAGGCGGAUGACUGGUGCGUACCCAGCAAGGAGCCAAAGAACCUCGGCAAGUAUGAGAGCAAUCGGUGAUGGCGGACCGAGGGUAGAACACUCGGAAGUAGUUCGAAUCGAAGAAUAAUUAAGAAGGAAAUGUAUAAACGUGUACUGUAAGUGCUAGACGGCACCGAACGCUAUCAGGAUGGUGCUGGAUUUAUUUACGCUCAUUGUACCUGGAUUCGACUCUCACGCGAGAGGGAAACUUAUAAAGGAGAAAAGCGCUCAUCGCUGAUAUCAAGAAAGACAAAUGCACAGCAAUAACUAACCUGAACUAUUACCUCUUGAAGCUGAUUUCAGUUUAACCCAACAAAAGCUCACCGUUUCAUUUCAUGAUGACUAAAUGCUGCUAAUGGAAAAUGGAACAAGUCAAGUAUUAAUCGCCUCAAUUGUCACAGUCAGAAACAAGCACGCUAGCUACUUUUCAUUUCACCAUCUAAAGUUUGUAAAGUUCCUGAGUGAAGUUGUGUUUUUAGAUUAAAUGCGUAUCAGUGAGUCACAGAAUGGGAGCAGUGACUCCAGCAUUAUGACAAAGGGAGCAAAGUCUGUUGUUAGCUUUCAGCAGCUUCAUUUCACGACUUGCGCGUUUCGUCGUCAGCUCUCACACAACAACCACAACACUGAACUUACUUUUGCUCAGAUGACACGGACAUCAGAUCAGUCGUUCCAUUUCUAGUGUUCUUCAAUUAAAAUGAGAUGUAAAUGUGAUCCUUUCGUUAGAGGACCGUGAAUGUCGCUGACUACCUACCUUCUGCCUUAGCAAUGAACCCAUGUAAGCUGAAAUGACUUUUAAAGUUGAAUCGCGUUGAAUGUUGAGCGGAAAGUCAAUAUGUAUGACUGAACUGUGAGUUUCAAUUGUAGCAUAUUUCAAUUUAACCGUCGCAGGAAUUAUGAAGUGUUAAAACUGUGAAGGUGAUCACAGUAGGAAGUAAAACAUAACGUUGUAAAACACAGGAUCUCAGCUGGUCAUUUGAUACCACCACCACCACCACCACCACCGCUACGCAAGUGUUGUAUUGUGACUUAUUUGAGAGAAUUUGAAACACUGUAAGCUAUCAUCCUGUUGUGUGUGUGUCCGCUUAGAUAAUUCUUCAUGCAAGCUGUAUUAAUCAAACAUAUAUGGCCUUAUGUUGUAUGUAUUGUGCAUAUUCCAUGUCCCCAUUACAUACCAGUCAGAUUUUUAUAUUCCAUACUUCUCAGUUCAGCCUUUGCCUAGUUUUAAGCUUUUAUCAUUGAAAAAACAUUGUGUUAAUUUGUGUAAAAUGAAAUGUUUCAUGUUAGGUUUGAUUUUCGUGAACUACCCUUGAACUACCAGACGCAUAUUGUUCACUUUUAAGACUAUAAAUGUCCCUCAAAGGCCAAGUGUUACUGUACUAAGCUUGUGGUUCACCACUAGAAGGACCAGUAAAUGUAAAAAAAUAUAUAAAAAAAUAAAAACCUCAUGUCACCUCUUA